CGCGCUGUUAAAUUAGCGCUAAAAAUAAACGAACAAAAAUUGCCUUUAUCUUUAAAUAAAACAAAACAUAACAAUUAAGCGUGACGCUUCAAUAGUUUGGCGAUUAAAUAAUGCGAUAGAAAUUGAGCAUGGCUAGUAGCAAAGCGAAUAGCAACUAAAUAAGAUGAAUUUACGCUGGUUUAUACUAUUGUGGGCGUGGCAGAGCGUGCAAGCUGCUAAUAUAUUAGCGGUGUUUCCAUUUCCAGGAAGAUCACAAUAUAUAUUUGCUGAGCAGUAUUUAAAAACGCUGGCGAGCAGUGGUCAUCAGGUGACGGUAAUAAAUACAUUUGGCAGCAAUGAAACGUUGAGCAACUUUAAGGUUAUAGGAGCAACAAAAAUACAUGAAAUAUUAGCAGCCUAUGGCAAUGCGGACUACAGCCAAACGGCCAGCCAAUGGACAGUGGCAAGCUUAACAACGGACUUUAUUAAUUUGUUAACUAGCUGCAUACUAGAAGAUGCAGCAGUAGCGCAGCUGCUGCGCAGUCAACAAACCUACGAUUUGGUUAUAUUGGAAACUGUGCAGUGUGAAGCGCUAUUCGGUUUAGCGCAGCAUUUCAACGCGCUAACCAUUGGCAUUAGCAGCUAUGGCACAGAUCGGCAUAUAGACGAGCUUAUGGGCAAUAUAUCGCCGCUGAGCUGCAAUCCGCUGCUGCUGUCUGCGCGCAGUGCACGCAUGAACUUUGCGCAGCGUGUGGCCAACGUUUGGGAAGCAGCUGUUGGUUGGCUGCAUCGCCAGUGGGUGCAUUUGCCCAGUCAGCGGCGUUUGUAUAGUCAAUACUUUCCAGCAGCCAGACGCAGCUUUGAGCAGCAGCUGGGCAGCUUCUCGCUAAUGCUGCUGGGUCAGCAUCACACGCUGAGCUAUGCACGCGCUUAUUUGCCCAAUAUGAUUGAAGUGGGUGGCAUGCAUUUGCGCCAGUCUAAGCCGCUGCCAGCGCAACUAGCUGAGUUUAUAGCGCAAGCUGAUGCUGGAGUUAUAUACUUUAGCAUGGGCAGCAAUAUAAAAAGCGCAGAUUUGCCGCCAGCUACGCUGCAGUUGCUGCUGCAAACUUUUGGCCAACUGCAGCAGCGUGUGCUAUGGAAAUUUGAAGCAGAACAUCUUAGCAAUAAGCCGGACAAUGUUUUAAUUGACAAAUGGUUUCCACAAACUGAUAUUUUAGCGCAUGCAAAUGUUAAGCUGUUUAUAACACAUGGCGGACUGCUAAGCUGCAUUGAAAGCAUUUACUAUGGCAAACCGCUGCUGGGAUUACCUGUGUUCUAUGAUCAGCAUGCGAAUGUGCAGCGUGCGCAAGAUGCGGGCUAUGGUUUGGGUCUGGAGCUAUGGACACUCAAUGGCACGCAGCUGCAGCAAACUAUAAACGAACUUAUAACAAACAGCAGCUAUAGGCGCGCAGCUGAGCUUAGAUCGCAGCUUUAUAGAGAUCAGUUGGAGACGCCGCUGCAGCGCGCCAUCUGGUGGACAGAGUAUGUACUACGACACAAGGGCGCAGCGCAUUUGGCAGCGCCAGCACGCGAUUUAAAUCUAGUGCAGCUACAUAGCCUAGACAGCUGGGGUUUGAUUUGUGGCGCUGCUAGUUUAAUUGCACUAAUUAUAUUGAUAAGCUUAAUAGCGCUACUCAAAUGCUUGAGCUAUUUGAGAACUAAAACUGCUGCUAAAGCAAAGACGCAGUAACAAAUGGGUUUAUAGCAAGUUAAUCUAAUAAAUAUUAAGCAGCAAUGCAAAUUC